AUGGUCGCUUCAUUGUUUUCUACCAGCAACAACGUCCAUUCCAAAACAAUUACAGAAGACACCUCACUCUAUGACGCAUUUUACGCGUUUGUUGCAUACUUUGGUGGCUACCUCACCAUUCUUACCAUUCUCCUUGGAGUAGUCGGCAACAUCAUCAGCUUGAUUAUCUUCAUAAGACAGCGGAAGAAGGAUAGUGCGAGCGCCAUCUAUCUCGGGUGCUUGGCUGUGACAGAUCUCGGAAACUUGAUUUCUGGAAUUAUAUUCUGGGCGCACCAGAGUCUCUAUUACAUGUCGUUUGGGGCAUACAACAUCCCGUACGCUUAUACUGAUUUGGGAUGCAAGAUUCUUUGCUACGCUUGGUAUAACUUCAUGUUCCUCUCCGGAUGGAUCAUCAUAGCGUUUUCAGUUGAGAGAAUGAUAGCUGUGGUAUUCCCUUUGAAUGUAUCAACAGUUGUCACAUCGCGGAGACGGAAACUGGUCCUAGUUGGUCUUCUUUUCGCAUCUUUAGCAAUCUGGGGAGACGUAGGCCAGUUAUUUGAGGUCUAUGGCCCCUAUCCCCCAGGACAUCAAGAACGAUACAAUUGUUUCUUUAACCCAGUUGCGCUACCAGAAUGGCACUUGUUAUUUUUCUUAAUCAGGUUAUUUUCUCUAACCCAGUUUUUACCGAUUGUGAUAUUGACCAUCCUAAACACUAUCAUUAUCAUUGGCAUAAGGAGGAAUAAUGGCGUGAUUGAAAUAAAAGAUCCCAAAAGAGCUAAGAGAGAAAUGCGUUGUACUUUAAACCUGAUUUCAGUUUCUACUGCAUAUACUGUUCUCAUGACUCCGUACCUGAUCACCUGGGCCCUUUACAUGGCCGAGGACCUCACGGGGUGGAAGGGCCGCUCACUUGCUUACGUUGAUUUCUUGAGCGAGGUUGCAGUUUACACUAUAAGUAUCGGCUCCAUUAACUACGCCCUCAACUUCGUCAUCUAUACCAUUUCUUUGGAUUUCUAUAGAGCUGAAUUGUUACAAGUAUUAAAUUGUAAUAAAAAAAAGCUGAUGAGGACAGAUAUAAGUUUCACUCUCAACAAAAUCGAAUGAAUAACGUGAUAAGGACAUGUAUGUUAGUAAAAUUGAGGACGCUUUUACCAGUGACUCAUACAAUUUUCCCAAGUAGGAUGUUAAAAUAAGUAAACCUUGUCGACACGCGCAGUUUCCAAGCUUUUGCAUUUCGCUUUAUCAAUAACUAAACAUUGAUUGUUUAGGCCAAUUUAGGCCAAGUGUUCAACUUACAUUUCCACGAAAAUUAUCGAAAAAUUUAAAGUCGUUGGAAUUUGGGUUACUCGGAUCUCACUCAUAGGAAAUUCCAGGAUGGGAAUUUCAUCAGUCUUCGAGUGUCAAGUGCGACGACAAGAUAUCGAAAAGCAUUUUUCGAUCUGCUUGAUUGAAACGAAGUAGUUAACGCGACUGCGCAGAACUUUGCCCCAUGGGUCAGAUGAGAUUAUCGCGGGAACGGAAGUAGUAAUGCCAAGUAACCUUUGGCGGCGGGAUAUUUUAGUUGGCAUUGGUGCGGUUGCCGGUGAUGCACUUGGCUUAACAUCCCGAACCUUCUCAGCCCUUUUCGUUAUACGCCAACUGCAGACGGCCAGGGUCAAUAUAAAGAGGAGGAUGUCUCCAUCCAGUCCAUUCGCCCGCUCUUAUUGUCUUACUCCCCCGAAGUGGAAAGAACGGCUAACUUUGGCGUUUAAUCGUAACCCUGGCAUUAUAUAAUGGUCUUACCUAAAGGUUAUAACGCCAGUUUUAGGAUGACGACGCCCAUGACUGUAUCACUGUUUGGGUAACUGCUGGUUAAGUCGUGGCUCUGAUUUCGCAUCGUGCGAAUCAUUCGCAGAGCCAAAUAUUCAUAUCGUCAAGCUGCAUGUAUUUGUGUCAAAUAUAGAAAGCUGCCACGUGCAAAUCGUGUAUAUGUUAAUAUGUACUGUACAAUUUCCGAAUCUGUUUUCGUUUAUCUCUCUUACAAAGUUUAAUAACCUAUAGGCGCAGGUUUCAAAGAAAACUGCAAUCUCCUUAUUUACAGAAACCUGAACCGAUUCUAUAGACCUAUAGGCCCUAUGCCGAGUAGAUAUCAAAACGGAAUUAUAUCAAUCUCAUCUCAAUUGUACCAAUUUUUGAAACUUCAACAUCGGGGGUGACGAGUACAUUAUUUCUUUAGAGAGAAAACAGAGCUAAAAGAAGAUGGCAGAAACCCAACAAAGUAGAUCAUAGUUGAAUAACUGCCCAAGGCGGUUCAGUCCAACUGAAUAUUCUGUCUUAUUCUUGAGAGAUAAAUGCAUGAGUGACCUGAGGUUCUGGCGAAUUCGAUUACCGUUAAAAGCGUGGUACGUUCUAGUGCAUAUUGUUUACGUAAUAAGCGAAACCGAAAUGCAGUUAUCAU